GCGGUGAAUUCGAUGAAGGUUAUGAUCAUCAAAUUGAGGAUGAGGAUAAGACAUUCAAAACUGGACCAGCCGAACGGAAAGAAAAGAAAAGAAACCCUAGACCCCAGACGUUACUUGUAGACGACAACGGAGAACCACAUAAGGUCCAGAAAAUAAGACUUGGAGAGUAUAACUUAGAAGAUUUUAAUUUCCUGAAGGUUUUGGGCCGAAGUGGUUUCGGUAAGGUAUUGUUGGUCCAACUGAAAGGACAUGAAUCCUAUUAUGCCAUCAAGUGUCUGAAGAAGGAUGUGAUACUAGAAGACAACGACUUGGAAAGCGCCAUUAUAGAAAGGAAAGUGUUGGAGCUUGGAACCAGCCACCCAUUCCUCUGCAAGCUCUUUUGUACAUUUCAGAGCAAGAGCCAUCUCUUCUUUGCUAUGGAGUAUCUGGGAGGUGGAGAUCUUAUGUUUCACAUAGAAGAGACUGGCAAGUUCAGCCAUGAUAGAGCAAGAUUUUAUGCUGCAGAAAUUGUUGUUGCCCUGACAUUCAUGCACAACAAUGGAAUCAUCUACAGAGAUUUGAAGUUGGAUAACGUUAUGCUAGACUCGGAAGGACAUAUUCGUUUGGUAGACUUUGGAAUGUGCCAGUUAAAUAUCUUUAACGAAGAGUGUCUUCCUUCAAACUUUUGUGGUACUCCCGAGUAUAUGGCACCAGAA